UAUAACCCGGCCCGCGUCUCUCCUCCCAUGCUCGCGUGAUAGCUCUGAGGCUGCUUAGGCGGGCACAGCGAGUGUGCAAAGUAUACCGCGCCUCGUGUCCACGGCAAGAUACUUUCCCGAAGUCCUUUCGAAUUAUCUUCAGCUGAUGAUCACGGCACUUUGUCCGGCGCGCUAUCCUGCGCGGACGCACGUACGCGCGUGAUGAUGAGACGCCAAUGUCUGGGGUCCCUCAUCUGACGCACAGCGAAGGCAUCUCUUACCCCCCCCCCCGCCUCGACCCUCCACCCCAGCCCCGAGUUUCCUCGCAGAGACAGAGGGAAGAAGCGCAACAAUGGAGCACACCAUGUUCGGAUAUAUGAGCCAAGAACACGGCGGGAUCCCGCUGCCCGGUCUCCAUCGCUUCUCGUUCCCGGACAUCUCCGCCUCCUGCGCCGUCUCCACGCCGGGGUUCCCGUGCGCUGACGCCGCUUUCAUGGGCAGCGGCGGCCGCUCGUACGUGCACCGCCACCACCACCACCAGCAGCAGCAACAACAGCAGCACCACCAUCAACAGCAGCAGCAGCAGCAGACCCAACACCAGCAGCAACAGCCAGAGUGGCAGCAGCAGAGUCCAAGGUCCGCGGCCGUGUCGGCCGUGAUGCGGCGAAGCGGCUCUGGCGAGCCCGGCGGAGUGAGGCCCGCGUCUCCAUCGUCGCGGUCCCCCACGGGAGCCGCCACGGCCGGGGACAGCAGCCCCCAGCGCCUGUCCUCGUGCAGCUACGAGGCGGCCGCAGAGCUGCAGGCCGCGACCCGAGAGGACAAGGUGGCGAAGGCGGCGCGGAGGAAGAGUGGAUCGACCGGAGGCGAAGGGCGCAGCCCUGAGGAGCCACGGCCGCGUCGCGGAGGAGGAGGAGGAGGGGCGAGCGCCUCGCGGCCUCGCAAGGAGCGCACGGCCUUCACCAAGGAGCAGCUGCGGGAACUGGAGGCGGAGUUCGCGCACCACAACUACCUGACGCGGCUGCGCCGAUACGAGAUCGCCGUGAACCUGCAGCUAACAGAGAGACAGGUGAAGGUGUGGUUCCAAAACCGGCGCAUGAAGUGGAAGCGCGUCAAGGGCAGCCAGCUGGGUGCGGGGGCGCAGGAGGGCGAGCUGCCCGGCGGCGUGCACAAGGAUCCGCUGCUGCCCUCCGAGCUGCCCACGGGCCUCCGCGCGGGCGGCACUCACGGCCACUCCGCCGGGGACGCCAGCGGCUACGACAGCGAAGACGGCUCGGUCUGACUUCAGUCCCCGGGCGUCGUGGUUGCCGGUCGCGGCCGCCAAAGUCAGGGAGGGAAAGCGCAAAGUGUACGAAGGGUGCGGACGGGUCACUUGGCACGCGAGCGCGAGCGCGCGCGUGUGCUCGUGCACGCGUGUCGGUGGGCUCACGCACAUCUGUGGGCAUUCCAAGGGGACGUGUGGAUGGAAGUGGUCCCUGCUUCGGACUAAAGGACCUCCUGCUGCUGCCCUCCGGGCUGCCCACGGGCCUCCCGGGGGACGCGCCUCACGGCCAUCCCGCACCUCCGAUUAGCUACGGUGGGCUACGUAUGGCGCGAAAGAAGUUCAACACACAUGCAUAAAAGAGGGCUCCUACCGUAAAAAAACAGCACUGCCGCACAUUCUGAACGAACUCGAUUGCCCGCAACUUACGUAUCUAAAAGGAAGCCCUAUUUUUGCAAAUGGAAACAAUCUAAUAUUCUUUUGUAAAUGUAUAUUUUUGAUAUUUUUUAGCUAUUAUCUCUCGGCCAUAUGGAACAAUGCCUUAAGUCGGUAAUGUUUGUACCUGGAUAAAGUUGGAAUUCAUUGAUAAAAGGUGUUCUGUGCUGAAAACUCGUUUUGAGAAUGAGCUGCCGCUAAAAACUUGCACAGAUGUAUGGCCAGUGCCUUGACGUUAGAGGCGCCGAGUUAGAAAUACGGUUUCGGAAGAAUGUGUACGCUUGCAUGCACUUAUACCAAUGUAUUCCCCACGUGUUUUUACCAGCCCCUCCUGUGUAUUUCAUCGUGCCUCGAUAACAGCGGCAAACAUUUACACGUUUACGACUGCCGAUCGGCGCGUUCAAUUACACUGGGUUAAUGUAGCAAUCGUCAUCGUUAUCAUCGGGCUUGGUCCAUCCACUGCUGGAUGAAAGCCUCUCCCGCCAUCUCUCACGAUCUGCGAUGUGAUAAUCCACCGAGCACACGAGCGGAGCUCAUCGCUUCAUCUCCUCGGCCGGCGGCCUCUUGCGACGCGCUCACGGUUUUAAUGGAUUAUUUCGUUUUUCUUUUAGUGCUCCGGAGGACGAUGUUUACAGGGUGACCUUUUUUUCUAAAGAUAGACAUUAACGCCGAUGCUCUAAUUCCUCUCCAUCCUGCGCGCACAUGCGUGCGUGCGUGUGCGUGUGUUCACACAUUUAAUUCACACGGUCAGUAAUGAGCACUGUUUGGACCGCACCAAAGUGUCGAUGCUCAUUUAUGCGUGCGGUGCCGGUUCACGUGUUCCCGAGUCGCGAUUACUUUUUUCCACAAUGUCCACGCUGCCACCCAGCGAAAGGAGAAAAGAGUUGACUGGCACUUGGCAAGUUCCGGGGGAGCUGGCGUCGAGACACGAACCGUGCUGCGGCCCAACGGCGCGCGUCCCAACCAAAAUCAACAGAGCCGUUGUAUAAUUGCUUCAUUAUUCAUUCACGAGAAUAAAGGCAUC